CAUACCUCGAGUGAUUGAAAGCCCGCGCUUUACAAACUUUUCCAGACUAUCUAAAAAAAUAACAACACAAAAUUGUGUAUCUUUCCAAGAUAAUAUUUAGCAUUCCACUACUCACGAAGUCCUCACUAAACUCGAUACAGUUGCGAGUGCAUUCCCUGUAACUUUAGGAAUCGGCGGGUUUUGUGGCAACUCUUCCUUAGCAACCAACUUCAAUACAACAAGGAAAAGUCAACACAGCUGUUAGCGAGCUAGUUUGCUAAUACGCUCAUUUCAGGUUUACAAAUAAAAAGACCAAAGCCCACAAUGUCGCUGUGGACUGAGUCCCGUUGGACAGAGAAUCAAGGCAACCCUCGUGCUAAAGGGGACACAGUUUAUGUUGUCAAGGAUGACUCCUCGGACCUCCUGGAGGAUGACUCAUUUGACCUAAACAAGUCCUAUCCAUGUGUCGGGCGGCCACUGUACAAGGGCCAGGCUCUAGAACGCUGGCGUUUUCCUGCAUCCAUAGCAGGUGAUUCUCAGAACUCCUGUAGCUCUGUGGCUAUGAGAGACAUUCAGAUCCCCAGCCGGCAUGGCUCAGGAUCACACAGCCAGUCAGAUUCGCUGUCCACUCUGUCUGAGUCAGACAGAACCCUGCUCAGCCUGCUGACCUGUGCAGGAGGCUUUGCGCUCUCAGGACCUCCAGCUGUCCACAACCCCAACAAGGCAGUCCUCACUGUAGACUGCAAGAGCACAAAGAUAUUGUCUGCAAAUGUGAAGGCAUGCACAUUGUUUGAGUGCACCAGCAAUGAUCUGAUUGGACAAAAGCUGUCCUGCUUCCUGAAGAAGACCAAUCAGGUCCUGGAAGAAACUUUAAGUGAGGGGUGUCUUCAGACAGAUGGAAAUGUAGCAGUGGUGUCUGGGAAAGUGUUGGAUGCAGUGAGCCAGCGUGGUACUGAGGUCCCAGUGUCUGUAUGGACCCAGAGACAGUCACAGGAAGGACAGCAUUGCCUGGUCAUGAUGGAGCGUGUGGAGAGAAUCUCAGCCCUUGUCUCCUUCUCACAAGAUGGGAGCAUCUUGAGCUGUGACCUGGCCUUUGCCCAUCUGCAUGGUUACAGGCAGACUGAGGAGCUGACAGGGAUGUCUAUCAGAGAGAUGAUCCCCUCUCUACAGAUCCCCCUCCACAGCCGUGCUCUGCCCAAGAUGCUGAGGGUCCAGAGGGUGUCCAGUCGAUGCAGGGGGGGCACCUCCCUCCUCCUCUGUAUUAAACUCCAGGGGGCAGUGGUGUGUGGGAAACCCCAGCAGCUGAAGGAGGGGUUGGGCUGCCCAGAACCCCAAAACACCCCUGGUAGACCUGAGGACCAGCAGGGUUCCCCCAUCUCCUCCCCAGUCUGCAGAGCACCACAGCCAGAACAUUGUGAAAAUGGAAAGGAACUGUCCUCUGGUAGAACAGGAGUUAAAGAGAACAGCAGCCUCCUCUCCCCUGGUUCGGGGCUGGUCUAUUCUGGGACGGUGUGGGUGUACGCCCCUCUUAGCGGUCUCCUCACCCUCCACCCUGAUGGCUCUAUCAACAGCAUCCACAACCACCUGUCCCUCAGUCUCCUGGGCUUUGGGAAUGCAGAGCUACAGGGGAAGGAUGUCACGUUCCUGAUUCCUGCCUUCUAUGAUUGGUUCUGUGGCUUGGAAAAUGGUGCCAUUACCCUACCCCAACAACCAGGGGGUGGGCUCCUACACACUGGCUCAUCACACCCCUCCAACACAGACCCCAGCUCUCUGCUGGCAGCUGACAUGGCCAUGGUGCAAAAGGCAGAACAGGGGAGAAACCUCUCCACUGGGAAGGGCAGGAUCUUCACUGGCUCCAGUACCAGACUGGAGCAGCAGGGCAGCACUCCCUCCACCCUGGACCCUCCGGAGGUUACUUCCACACCCAUGAUCAGGGUUGAUGACACUGCAGAACUGAUGGAAGAAGCUGCCCUGUGUCCCAGCCAGUGUGACAGUGGAGAUGACACCCACGACCUGCUACAGUCCUUUGCCCUGGUGGAGAGAGGCGAGGUACUCUGCCUGUCACUCACUCACCCUCCAACCUGUAGCCCAGGAGGGCAGCCCCUCAGUGGGGUGGGACCAGGCACUCCAACCAUGGAUGAGCGCAGCCGAGCACGGCCCUGCCGCCCCACCCCAUACCAUGCCAAAGACCCCCAGCAGCCAUGUGACCUGUCAGCCCUGCAGGACUCCAGCUUCGAGGUGAUCUCCCUGGGCAGCCGUUCCUCCUCAGGGUUCUGUGAGAAGUGGGCUGGGUGUCAUGGGGGGUCCAGCCCGACGGCGGUCACCUCUCGGACAGCCCAGGUUGUGGACUCGGCCAGCUGCUACCUGGACCUGGACACCAAUGGGGAGCUGGUAACCCGGGCCAUGGCCGACCUGAACCUGAGUGGAGUUCUAGAGCUGCGUAGUGUUGGAGGUGACGAUGACUUCUCCCAUACCUCGGUUGAUACCGCCGAGCUCCUGCGUACCCCUUCACCGUACGUGGUCGAGUCCGACCAGGAAGAGGGACCUGGAUGUGUGGAGGUCCGGAACAGUCAAUUAAAAGGACUGGCGGGGGAGGACGAACGUGACCAGUGGGCUGUGUUCUCUGUUCUCCACAACGUCCAAAGCCAGGACUCUAGACAGAUCAAUGGAGAGAUGCAGUUGAUCUCGGAUGCCCCUCCCAACACCUCCACCCCUAAGAAGCAGCAGGAGAAUGAGUGCUCCAAGACCCCACAGCACAUCACAGAGGGGAGCUAUGAUGGCAGUGUUUACCACAGGGAUGGAACAAGAAUCGAGGUGCAGUGUGAGAUCCGUAGGGCUGAGCUUCAUGGGGCCAGGUGUGUUUUCUGUGUGUGGCUGAGCAGGCCUGGACAGCAGGAGGCCAUGUUGCAUCAUAGUGGCAUUUACAGCAACAGAGCUUCACUACAAAACUCAUCCUCACUCAGUCUGGGAGAGGCGAUCUUGGAGGCCAGCCGUGGCGGUGCCGGUGAGGCACUGCUCUCCACAUUGGAUCUGGACCAUUCCCGUGCAUGCGAUGGCCAGUUCUCAGAGCUGUACCAGCCGCUCCACGCCGUGGGGAAAGGGGCCUUCGGCUUUGUGUGGCAGGCUUGCAGACGCUCUGACAGAGAGAAGGUGGUGGUGAAGUUUAUCAGGAAGGGAAGGAUAGUCAGUGAAUGCUGGGUGGAUGACCCCGUGCUGGGCCGCGUCAGCCAGGAGGUCGCCAUACUCACCCGCCUGACACACCACAACAUCGUCAAGGUCCUGGAGGUGUUUGAGAACGAGGGUUACUUCCAGAUGGUGAUGGAAAAGCAUGGGGAUGGUCUGGACCUGUUUGAGUUCAUAGACAAACAGCCCCAGCUGGACGAGCCUCUGGCCAGCUACAUCUUCAGACAGUUGGUGGCAGCGGUGGUGUAUCUGAGGAACAAAGGCAUCCUCCACAGGGACAUCAAGGAUGAGAACAUCAUCAUUAACACAGAGUUCCACAUCAGACUCAUAGACUUUGGCUCUGCUGUCCCGCUGGCUCCAGGGAAGCUUUUCUACACCUUCUGUGGCACACUGGAGUACUGCUCCCCAGAGGUGCUGAAGGGCAACCCCUACAGUGGUCCAGAGCUGGAGUUGUGGUCUCUGGGGGUGCUGCUCUACACAUUGCUGUUCGGUGAGAACCCUUUCUGUGACAUGGAGGAGACCCUGCAGUCCAAACUCAAGUCCCCCUUCCCUGUCUCUCCAGACCUGCAUGCUAUGCUGUCAGGAAUGCUGCAGCCUGACCCCCAACAGAGAAUGACCCUGGAGCAGCUCCUGCUGCAGCCCUGGAUUCGCCAACCCAUCUGCCUGGCUGACUACAGCUGGGAGGGAGUGUUCCCCUACUGCAAGAGCCACGCUCCCCCACAGUACCACGAGUCUGUUCCUGGGGACUUUCUAGGCCAGGGCUUGUACCCGGACACUAGAGAUGAUUCUUCACUUCCUUCUGAUGAUGACGAUGAGAGGUCCAUGGCCGCCAUGACAACUGAGCUCAUGAAGUACCUCUCUGAUGAAUGAGUGAACUUCAGUGGUGCAUUUUAAUCUUCUGACUUCCUCUCUCCUGGAUCUCCUUCCCUUCAUAUGCACUGAUCUGUAAACCUCUGUCCAUAUUCUCUAUCCUAUGGGAAGGAGACGAGGGGUGGGAGAACCAUUUUAGACUCGAGAUGCACCCCAGGUCCCGUCAUCGUAUAUAUCAGGACCUGGACUGACUGAAGAGACUCUAAAUACCAAGUGUGCUUUUACUACCAGAAUAAAUAAAUGCCAUUUUUAGAAUGUGGAUUUUGGGGGGAGAUGUAUCCUUGAAGUUAUGUAUAUGAAUACAACCAAAGAGGUACAGCAAAAUAAUGGGCUGAACAUACAACACCUACGGGUGCCUUUAUUUGCUGUAAUCUAUUUAUUAGAGGGACUGUGGUAUAUUGGGUAAUGAAUGUAGCGUAGCUGCCAAAGCCUUAUAAUGGGUCAUAAACUGAAGACCAGUUUCACUUCAAAAUAUAAAAUGCACUGAUGCCUCGAGCAGAGGGUUGACUGAUUUAGGUGCCACUGCUCGCCAACGGGCCAGAUGAUUCACUUUGCUUUUAUCUGUUGUCUGAUUCUAUUAAACAAUUAUGUUAAAGAAGUAGUGGUGUAAACUGCUUAUUUAUGCUUGUCGUUUCUGCAAAAUUGUAAGUCUUUCACAGUAUUUUAAUAUUUAAUUCGUAUGCUUUUCAGUUUGACUGUUUCCCGUUUUAACAUUGCAAAUAAAAUAUCCAAAUAUUUAAAGCUAGAA